AUGGAAGGGCGACCCGUUCCAUCGGAACCAGUUUCAUGUGAAAGGACUGUGCUGAAGAACCCCUCUGAGUAUCAGUACCUGAAGAUCCAGCUAGUAUUUCAGCGUGAAGGUGUCAAGCUGACUGCAGCUCAGUACAAAUCACUGAUUGUGUCUGCUGUAAAGGAAUUGCAUGGAGAGGUGGGAGCCUCUUGUCCCUUGGACUUGUUAAAAUAUGAUGAUAAGACGUUGUGUGCAAUAUUGAGAAUCAACAGCAGUGGAUUUGUGAAGCAGAACCAGGAGUGCUCUUUGCGUGUUUUACAGGUAAACCUAUCUGACAAGCUGUCACUGUACAGAACAAUAACACUGGGUUUUUUCUGCAGGUCUGAGAUCAGAAGCUCCUGCCAGUGAACUUUCUAACUGGACAGACUUGUUCUGUGAUCCUUCUGAGCUUCUGGAAUGGAAACAAAACCUAACACACCACAGAUUUAUUGUUACUGUUCAAGUUCAUGUUUGCAAGAAAGCAUACCUGGUAUUUAUAUGCAGCUAUAAAGUAGCAUUUAAAUAUUAA